AGGUCCAAGAUGACAGAGCGUACGGACGUCCACGUCGGUGGCAAUUGGUCGGUGGCGGAGGAGCUGCGGGCCAAUCAGAGCGUCGUAGAGCUCCAAGAGGCACAGCGGGGGAUGACAGGGGUACGCAUUCGGAUGUGGAUACCAUGCGAAUUGGGAGACCACCGGCUGUAUCAUCAUGUGAUGGCGUGGGAUGCGGUGUGAGUGUGUGACUGUGUGUGCAGACUACCACAUGCUGCGUGUCUGCACGCUUCAUGUACCAGCGGAAGGUGAGCUGGGGCAGAUUGGUGGAUUCCUCAACAAGGCAGAAUGCAGAACGAGGAGGAAACGGUGGCGAUUUGGGAAGUUUGGCAGGGCAGCAAGAGUGAUUCACACAGCUGCUGCUUCGCCGAUCGCAUGUGAAGUCUGCCGAUCCACUGGGCAGGCGGAAGGAGCUCAGAUACAUCCCUGCUGGCCCUGUGUGUGCCCGUGUCUGUGUGAGUGUCUGUGUGUGUAGGACGUCAAUGGCAUCGAGUUCGAUGAGAGGAGAGUGACUGGCCGAGUUCAAAACUGAAACAGGUCGAUCAUGGCGACUCUCGGCCUUUUCCCGAGCACACCCCCACCCCCGAGCCCGACAAGCAGUCGACUGGCGUGCCGUCGAGGCCAGUUGGAGGUCUCUACGCCGACCGACCCCGCUGUGGACAUGAACCGGUGUGGAAGCGUGUGCAGGUAAAUUAACUGCCUGACACGCACGAUUUAAGACGACACGCCGACUCACACUCAUUCUCUGUGCUCAUACAUGCAUGUGUGUGUGACCAGGACCCCUUCUCGCAGCGACCCGUCUCGCCGCCGCCGCCGCCGCCGCCGAUGCGUUCCAGCGCCGCGCCAUCUUCUCGCCCACGACCACUCGCCAACAGCACAGCCAAGCCGCACCCUCCUCCGCCCCCUGCCCGCCUGCAUCCACUGCCGCACACACCCACUGCCGCACGCACCCUCACCGCCGCGCCAGCAUCCCACAAGAAGGUGGAUACUGCAACGGUGUCUGCUGCUGCCCUGGAGGUGGUGCUGACCAAGUGCAGGGCCAUGACCCUGCCACACAAUGUGCUCCACAAGCUGCACAAGUGAGUCGAGUCGAAGGGUCAGGGUCCCGAGGGAAAUUUGCAGCCAGGCCACACAGAGGGACAGAGAGAGGGGCACCUGCUCAUCUGUGUGUGGUGUGUGAGUGUUGUUCGCAGGGCGAGUGAGUGUAACAACACACUGAGUGCCCUCUGCCACUCAGUCACUCACGCCAUGCGCCACGAGCUGCCCUCCGGCCCACUCUGUCUCAUGAUCCAUCACUGCGACAGCGACGAGCCGCACAGCCAUGCAAUUGUCAUGCAGAGCUCGCCCACCCUGCUCAAACCACCCGACGUGCCCCCCACACACACACUGACGUCUGCGAUUGUCUAUGCCGUGAUGCUGCACAUCAAGACCAACAGCCCCUCGGUGCAGCUGCCCGUGACGUCCAAGACCGUCAAGCUGUGUGUGGCCAUGACCAUAGACGGGUCGGGCCGGGGAUUCGUUUCGUUGCAGGUGUGGUGUGCCAGUCAGUCAGUCAGGCGACACACAGACACCACGACCAUAGUGUGAUACGUAUCUUGUGUGUGUGUGUCUCGUUAGCGAGGCGAGGAUAUGAUGCUCAAGGUGGGUGGCGGCCCGAGUGAGACCGACUCACGCUGGUACUUGGCCGACAUCGAGACUGAGGCGGCGGUGCUCAUGGCGGAUGACAUUGAGCUGUGGGCCAUCCGCUGAGCACAGACAGACGGACAGACAGACACACAAAUACGCUCCACCAACACGGGGAGAGACCGACAAAGACAGACAGACAGACCGACAUCGAUCGCAUGAGAUGGGUACGGUGGCAGACCGACUUCACAGAGUGACCUGUUCAUCAUGCGUGUGUCUUCAUGGACUGAAAUUUUGGAUCUGAUCGCAGUGUCUUCAUCCAAAAUUUCACACGAAGGAGUUGAUCUACUGUCUCGCUAAUCUAUCGGUGUCAUGGGUCGUGAUGAUUGAUGGAUGGAUGGAUGGAGGUAUGGUGACG